GACAACUCUGAGACCGACAGGGCAACGAUCCGCACAGUCCGUACAAUGGUACACCGAGACGAAGUGCUAAGACCGAUAUGGCACGCUUUCUCUGCCUUGGACGCAGACCGAAGCGGCAAAGUCUCCAAAUCCCAGCUAAAGGUGCUUUCUCAAAACCUGUGCACAGUCCUUCGUAUCCCAUAUAAAACCUCUGAUUUGGAGAAACAUUUCAGGGAUGAUGACGAGGGACCCGUGUCCACUCAAGGGUACAUGCCGUACCUAAACACCUUCAUCCUGGACAAGGCCCAAGAAAACUGGGAUUUUAUGGAGCUCAAUAAAAUGUGCUGGACGGUGUGUGCCCGGAAGAACAUCACAGAUAACCGUCUGCUCAUCUCAGACUCCGACGCCUUCAAGGUCUGGUGUAUUUUCAACUUCUUGUCUGAGGACCAGUAUCCCCUCGUCAUUGUGACAGAAGAGAUUGAGUAUUUCCUCCGGAAGCUCAUAGAAGCCACAGGUGGCAGCUGGAACGAGGGCAGGUUUGUGGACUACAAGGCACAGCUGAGCUUGAAGAGGAACAGCCUGAGUGUGUGGGAGCUGACGGAGCUGGUGGGCAUGGGCUACUUCACCAAGGGCAUGAACCAGCAGACCGUCAGCCUGGGCCUCCUGGAGGUCUUCCAGGAGCUCAUUCUGGGCAUUGUCAAACAGGGCUAUAUGAUGAAAAAGGGGCACAAAAGGAAGAACUGGACUGAGCGCUGGUUCCAGCUGCGUCUCGAAUCAGUCAUGUACUAUGUGAGGGAGGACCUCGCCGAGCUGAAGGGUCACAUUUCACUCGACCGCCAUUGCUGUGUUGAGCCUUUGCCGGACAAAGAAGGGAAGAAAAACCUCUUUAUCAUCAAAUGCCCAGACAAAAGUUUUGAGAUCAGCGCUUCAGACAAAAAGAAGCGGCAAGAGUGGAUCCAAGCCAUCCAGGACUGCAUUAACCACUUGCGGCAGGGGCUGUUGGAGCCUCACCGGGAGGCACGCCUGCGGCGCAGGGAGCUACGUGCUCGGAUGCAGGUUGAACAGGACCUUAUGGAGGACAGGAUGAAAAACCUGCAGCUGGCCAAUGAGAGGAAGCAGAGGCAGCUGGAAGCGAUGAGGAAGGACCUGGAGGAAGCAGCAGCCAAGGCUGCUAUGGAAGAGAGCCGGAGAAUUCGUACCCAGGCGGAGUUGAAGAACCAGUUUAAAGUGGACUUGGAAAGAGAGAAAAUGGUACGACAGCAGAUGGAGGAGGAGGUGGCCCAAAAGUCCAGUGAGCUGGAGCUGUAUCUGCAACGUGUGCGUGAGCUUGAGGAUAUGUACCGCCGCCUGGAGGAGGCUCUGGAAGAUGAGAGGAAGACCAGACAGGAUGAGGAGUCACUACGUAAGCUGCAGGCCAGGCUGCUGGAGGAAGAGGUGAAGAAGCGUGCUGAGCUGGAGCACAUGCACCUCCAGCAGCAGGCUGCCAUGUCUCAGACGCAGCAGGAGAAGCAGCUGCUGGAGGCUCAGUGGCGGGAGCAGACUCGAGCCCUGCACACUGCCACGGAGCAGCUCCACAGCCUGGAGCAACAGAGGCAGGGCGCGCUUCAGGAGUAUGAGGCUGUAAAAAAGAAACUGGAGCAGGCAGCUGACAAGACAAAGAGCUGGAAAGACAGAGUAGCUCAGCAUGAAGGUCUUAUUCGGCUAAUCCAGCCAGGUAACAAGGUUAACCAGAAAAUGACCAACUGGGGCGUAGCGUCGGUUACAGAUGCGGAGCUGCAGAUGAAGGAGAAACUGUGGCAAGUGGCCAAGACCAAACGAGACGACGCACCAUAAUUGGGUGGAGUUUGGGGUUUUCAUGUUUAUUGUUUUUAUUGAAAAGUACAAGUUAUUUUUUAGCUCUGCUCGGGGUUUCACUAGCAUUGCUGUCAUUAUAUAUGCAUAAUAUUUCAGUUAAUUCUGUUGAGUUGGAUGUCCAUCCUAAUGAGGCUAUCCUAAUGUAGGCUACUGUCCACAUAAAACAAGUUUAUAUUUCAUGAAUUUUUGCAUGGUUGAAAUCAUCAUUUUUGUAAUAUGCCUUAACAAAAGUAUAUUCUGUUGCUGCUUUAUUAUUCUCAUGAAAUAUUAAAUAUAUUAAAAUAUACUCCCAAAUGUAAGUCUAGAUGAAGUCAGGGUGUGAGCGCAUUGAUACACCCACUAGAUGGCGGUCAUGUAACUUUCAAAAUUUAUAUCUUACUACAAAGUCAUUCCCAAGUCUGUGUGCUUGUCUGUGAUAAUAAGAUGCAAAUACUCAGUAUCAGUCUCUGAUGUGUGUUGUUUCUGUUAGAAUAACUAGAGCACACUGGUUUUCCCACUGGUUUUCACUGAUCAUCAGUAACUAAACUAAGAGAUUAAAAUCUUCUUUCAUCUUUUUA